AUUUAAUUUUCUCAUUCAACCAUUUGACUUAUCAUCAGAUUAUCAGGACUCUGAAAACCUGGAGGUUAUAUUAUUUUUUUAUAAAGUAGAAGGGUCGGUGUUAAAUUUGAGAAAUGGAAUUCAGUUCUAAAUUAAUUAAAGUUCAUUUAUCGAACUACUUGGCCAACUUGCCUUUACCUAAUUCAUUUCUCGGCAUUUUCAAAUUAGGAGUUAAAGACAUAAUGAAAUUAAUUCCAUUUUAUGCUACUAUUGGCGGUGUAUGUUACAUUUCAUAUAGAGUCAUCAAACCAAGACAUCCUGUUAAUCCAUCAAUAAAAAAAGAGUCUCCAAAAGUGGUGGACGGAUUUGACAUUGAAGAAUUAGGUGAAAGUACAGCCUUUUGUAGAUGUUGGAGGAGCUCUAAAUUUCCUCUUUGUGAUGGUGCUCAUAACAAGUACAACAUUGAACAAAAAGAUAAUGUUGGUCCAUUGUUGAUAAAGAAAAAGUAAUGAAAUAAUUAGAAUGAAAUCAGUAAAUAAAUUAAUAUAAAAAUGUGUUAUCUUUUUAGUUUUCUUGUUUUCAUUUAGUCAAAUAGAAUACAUUUUGCAUUUA